AACUUCCUGCCUCUGACAGAAAGCGAGCGAGCGAACGAGCGGCCCUUGCUUCGGAAUCGUACCACUCCCUCUUCUUAUCUCUCCACCCUUCCUCUUCUCUCUGUCUGCUCGUGUUGUUUCCCCUCAGAAGCGGCGCCCAUGCGAGCAGCGUGAGGGCCGAGUGCUGCUGUUUCCUUCAAAGCGGAGCCCCCAACAUGUGAGAAGAUGUCUGUUGGAGGUUGCGCUUGUCCCGGCUGUUCGUCAAAGUCAUUCAAGCUGUACUCUCCCAAGGAACCCCCCAACGGCGGCAGCUUUCCCCCUUUCCACCCAGGCGCUAUGCUGGACCGAGAUGUGGGGCCUACACCCAUGUAUCCCCCAUCAUAUAUGGAACCAGGAAUGGGGAGACCUACACCGUAUGGAAACCAGACAGACUAUCGUAUGUAUGAGCUGAACAAAAGGCUACAGAAUUGGACAGAGGAUUGUGACAAUUUGUGGUGGGAUGCCUUUACCACGGAGUUCUUUGAGGACGACGCAAUGCUCACAAUAACGUUCUGCCUGGAAGAUGGACCCAAACGAUACACCAUUGGUAGGACGUUGAUUCCCAGAUAUUUUCGGAGCAUCUUCGAGGGGGGUGCCACAGAACUGUUCUACAACUUGAAGCAUCCAAAGGAGUCCUUCCACAGUAACUUUGUCUCUCUCGAUUGUGACCAGUGCACCAUGGUGACCCAGAAUGGGAAACCCAUGUUCACACAGGUUUGUGUGGAGGGCCGUCUGUACCUAGAGUUCAUGUUUGAUGACAUGAUGAGGAUCAAGACGUGGCACUUCAGCAUCAGACAACACAGAGAGGUCCUCCCCAGGAGCAUCCUGGCCAUGCAUGAUCCUCAGAUGCUGGAUCAACUGGCUAAAAAUAUCACCAGAUGUGGGCUCUCCAACUCUACACUCAACUACCUCCGACUAUGUGUGAUAUUGGAGCCCAUGCAAGAACUGAUGUCAAGACACAAGACUUACAGUUUGAGCCCCCGAGACUGCCUGAAGACUUGCCUCUUCCAAAAGUGGCAGAGGAUGGUAGCACCCCCAGCUGAGCCGGCUAGACAAGCGCCCAACAAGCGGCGAAAAAGGAAGGUGUCCGGCGGCAGCACAGUGAGCUCGGGCGGGGGCGGCAAUAACAACAGCAACAGCAAAAAGAAGAGUCCAGCCAAUAGCUUCUCCCUCUCCAACCAGGACCUGGUUGGAACAAAAACCUGUACAGUGCCGGAGCUUGAGGACCGGAGUUGAGAACCACUACGCAAUCUCGAACACCUCUUACACGCACACACAUACACACACCCACACACACACACACACACACACACACACACACACAAACACACUCACAUGCACAAACCUUCAUAAAACAUGCAACAUUUGGGUACAGCAGAAAGGUGGUACGCAGCAUGUCUGGACCAGAUUCGACAGAAGUGUGUUUUCAUUUUUUUCUUCUUUUUUUUUUUUUUUUAGUGUAAACAAAAAUGCCCCAGAAAUAUUCUUUGCACUGUUUUCACAAUUAACUCCCAGCUAUCUUUCUGAACAUUUUUUUUCUCCCUUCUCCCUCAUUUUUGCUGAUGUAAGAAGUGUAAACCAUCUAAACCCUCAUGUAUAAAUAUUUGCUGUUAGACCCUUCUCCUUGUAAUGGUAGUAAUGUGAGUUGAUAUCGAAUCCUCCAUCUUGUGUCACACUGUCAGUCAAUCACAGGCCAGCGAUUUGAAUGCUCUGCCAACAUUGUGGACGGCAGGGGUGGGGAUCCUUUGGCCAAUGGGAUGCAAUUCUAAAAAAAAAAAAAAAAAACAAAUAGAAAAAAAAAUACCAGCACAACCUUAGAUGAUUUAACAAAAACAACUUAUGAAAAAAUGGUCAUUAUGAUGCAUUUUUUGGAUGGUUGUAACUUUUUCUUUCAUUUUGGGGGACAUUUUGCGGUCCUCCAAUAGGCAAAAAGUUCUCCACCCUCGCAGGACAACAUCGAGGCCUACUUUUGUGUGCAUUGUCUUGUCAUCUUCAACUCUUACAUGGGGGCUGCUCUCUUGUAACAGAGACCAGAAAAUGUCUAAAAUUUGCUACUCAAAUAUUUUAACACAUUUUGACACCAUUGUUAAAUAAGGAAGAUGAAAGAAAAAAAAAACUUUUGUAUUAAGUUUCCCAGAACUGUUUUUAAUCCCAAUUUAAAGAAAGCUGCUGACCAAGCAGCUCCAUGUAAACCAUCUGUGGAUAUCAACUCCACUGCGCUAUUUGGUUUUAAUGAAGAAUCGUUUUGUUGGCUUUACUUCUCAUCUUUGUGUCUGUGCUUGUAUAUUUUUAGCUAGUCCUUUCGGUAAAUGUUAUUCUGUGUAUUCCUCUCCUAGAACUAUAAAAAAAAAAAAAAAAAAUCUCAUUCUAAUGUAAAGAGAUUUAAAAAAAAAAAAAACCCAACAAAAACUAAGUUUUCCAAUCUGAUUUUUAAUGCAACAAUCACAGAUCCCCAAAUUCCAGCUUCAUUUUAGCAAACUAUUUAUUUUUCUAUGUACUAAAAUGUCGUAGACAGUCCAAUCCACCUGUACAGUGCUCAUGAAUAACCAGUGGAGUUUUUUCUUUUUUAAGGGCAGCUUGUUCAGUAAAUGGUCAAAGAUUUAUCUUUUUUUGUUUUGUUUUGUCAUGAAGCGCCCAAGUUAAUUCAGUCUCAUUAUUGAUACACACACACAAAAAAAGAACUUUUUAUUUGCUGUUGUAGGUUUCCAAUCCAUCUGAGUCAUGUAUCAGAUGUAUAAAUUAAAGAAUCAGAUGACUUCAUGUUA